AAAAAAACAUAUUGAAAUGAACCUUUACAAUCUGUUUCCGACAGCCACCCAUGCACUGCUACCCAUUUAAAGAUAAAGUUUGAUAACCCUUAUCAUUUUCUAGUAUUUUUUUUACACUUUGUUCCCUCUGGUGGGUUUAGUUUUAUCUACUCAGAUCUGGGUUUUUUUUGGUUGGAGAUUGAUUGAUUCAGGAGUAAGUUUCAGGUGCGUUUUUGAUAGUUAUGAGUUUUUUUUAAAGUUGUGUGUUUAGCUUGUGGAUUGUUUGGCGGUUUGAUGGACAUGUUGGAGGCGAAUUUGUGAUUUUUUUUUUCAUGCAUUUGUAUGUUUUUUUUGUUGUUGAAUGUUCUCUGGUUAUUGUUAUUCAAUUGGGAUUUGUGUGAGGAAGUUUGGUGAUGGAGAAGUUGCAAUGCAGGCAAGUAAGGAGUCUGUUUUUUUUGGUGAUAAUGUUUGUGUUUAUUAGAAUUGGUGAAGCUCAAUCUCAGUCUUUUCUGAUAAAUUGUGGGGCAAAUUCUAGUGUUAAUAUAGAUGGCAGGAAGUGGGUUGGUGAUUUGGUCCGUAAUAGCAAUGUCAGUUUCAGUUCUACUGGUAUGGCUGCCUCUACUGACUCAUUGAGUGGUGAUUCAAUCUAUGAACCAAUUUAUAAAUCCGCUAGAAUUUUCAAAGAUGGAUUGAACUAUACAGUAGAAGUAAUUCCGGGCAACUAUAUUGUUAGGCUCCAUUUCUGUCCCAUUCCCCUUGAGGAUUUGAAUGUCAAUGAUUCAUUGUUUGGUGCUGCGGCGAAUGGCCUAAAAUUGUUGUCUCAGUUAAGUGUUCCUGGUGAGAUUGCACACAAGAACUUGUACUUACAAAGUUCAGGUGAAAAUGCAAGUUCAUUGUCUUUGAUUAAGGAGUAUGUAUUGGGGAUCAAGUUGGAUGUGCUUGUGAUUGAGCUUAUCCCUAGUGAAGGAUCUUUCGGGUUUAUAAACGCCAUAGAGGUUGUCCCUGUGGUAGACAGGCUUUUUGAAGACACAAUUCAGAAAGUGGCCGGAAAUGACAUGGAUUUUAAUUUGAGUGGUCGAGGGAUUGAAACCAUGUAUAGGUUAAAUGUUGGGGGUCCAGAGAUCAAACCUAGUCAGGAUUCAGAUCUCUGGAGAAUGUGGGAGGUUGAUUCGAGCUACAUGAUCACAGCAAAUGCUGGGGUCGAAAUCCGUAACAGUUCUAACAUUACCUAUGCCUCUAUGAAUGAUUCUUCAUUGGCUCCUCUCCUUGUUUAUGAAACUGCAAGAACAAUGUCCAACACUGAAGUCUUGGAAAAGAGGUUCAACAUGUCAUGGAAAUUUGAAGUAGAUCCUGAUUUUGACUACGUAGUUCGAUUGCAUUUUUGUGAACUGCUCUAUGAUAGUGCAAACGAGAGGAUUUUCAAAAUCUACAUAAACAAUAGGACUGCAGCAAAUACUUUUGAUGUCUUUGCGCGGGCAGGGGGAAGGAACAGAGCGUAUCAUCAAGAUUACUUUGAUGCUGUGUCUUCUAAGACUUACACACUCUGGAUUCAGUUGGGUCCUGAUACUGCAGCUGGUGCUUCAGGAACCGAUGCUCUCUUGAGUGGGCUUGAGAUUUUCAAGCUGAGCCGAAAUGGGAAUCUUGCAUAUGUAGAAAAAUAUGAUUCUGCAGGGAAUUCAGUCAGCCGUUCAAAGAGCUGGAUUCUUUGGGUAGGAAUUGGAGCAGGUAUAGCUUCUGCUGUCAUUCUUGCAGCUGUAUUUACUCUUGUCUUCUAUAUCCGUAAAAACCGGAGAGACAAAAGUAGUGACAUGAAAAACAACUCUCCUGGGUGGAGGCCACUGUUCCUUCACAAAGGCAUUGUAAAUAGCACUGCUAAUGCCAAGGGAACAGGAAGCCAAAAUCCAAAUGGAUCUACAUCCUCUACUAGAUCUGGCAAGCGAUUUACAUUGGCAGAGAUUCGUUGUGCAACUAAUAAUUUUGAUGAAAGUUUAGUGAUUGGAGUGGGAGGCUUUGGUAAGGUGUACAAAGGGGAGAUUGAAGACGGCUCUCUUGCAGCAAUUAAACGUGCAAACCCUCAAUCUGAACAAGGGCUGGCUGAAUUUGAAACAGAAAUCGAGAUGCUUUCGAGGCUCAGACAUAGACAUCUAGUCUCCUUGAUUGGGUUCUGUGAAGAACAGAAUGAGAUGAUUUUGGUCUACGAGUACAUGGCUAAUGGGACUCUCAGAAGCCAUCUAUUUGGGAGUGAUCUUCCUCCUUUGACUUGGAAACAGAGAUUAGAUGUGUGUAUCGGUGCUGCACGGGGACUUCAUUACCUCCAUACAGGAGCAGAGCAAGGGAUAAUCCACAGGGACAUUAAGACAACCAACAUCCUAUUAGAUGAGAACUUUGUCGCGAAGAUGUCUGAUUUUGGGUUGUCAAAAACCGGUCCUUCCAUGGAGCACACACAUGUUAGUACUGCAGUGAAAGGAAGUUUUGGAUAUCUUGACCCAGAAUAUUUCAGGAGACAACAGUUGACUGAGAAAUCUGAUGUCUACUCAUUUGGUGUAGUGUUGUUCGAAGUGGUUUGUGCACGAGCUGUCAUAAAUCCGACGUUGCCAAAAGAUCAGAUCAAUCUUGCAGAAUGGGCAAUGAAAUGGCAGAGGCAAAGAUCACUCGAAACCAUUAUCGAUCCGCAUCUCAAAGGGAAUCUUUCUCUAGAGUCAUUGGAAAAGUUUGGGGAGAUUGCUGAAAAGUGUCUCGAUGACGAGCGAAAGAACCGCCCUACAAUGGGGGAAGUUUUGUGGCACUUAGAGUAUGUCUUGCAACUGCAAGAAGCUUGGAUGCAUGCCAACGAUAGAGAAAAUUCAUUUUCGGGUUGUCAGGCUUUGGCAGAGGUAGAAGAAGAGAGAGAGAUCAGAAACGGCAAAGAAGUUCCGACUUUAGAUGAAGAAAAGAGCAAAUGAGACGUGGGUUUUCCAGUGAGCUUGUUCAGAUGUAUUCAUUUACAGUUUUAAUACAUUUCUAAAUUCUUUAUAUUUGUUUGAUGAAUUCAAUAUGAAUUUUUGAAUUCUUUGUAAUAUAGCAACUGUUAUUACAGUCGUCAGUUUUCUAAAUUGUGGAGGCAAAUUUGAUUAUUAGCUUAUACAAUUUCUUGAUCAAUGUGAAUGGGAGCUUCUUCAUUAUCA